AUGACUUUGUCUUACACAAAGGUUAAAAAACCACCUGUUGUAGUUUCAUUUGAUUCGGCAACUCAGGGAAAAUUUCAAGUUUCAGGUUAUUUCGAAAAGGAGACAGAACGUUUGGACUUAUCUUGGAAAACAGAUUGGUCAAACAGUACUUGGAACCUUACAUUUCAAUUCGCCAAGUCUGAAAAUAGUUACAACCUCAGUAAAAUCAGCUUAUUUUAUGAACUGGUUGAUUUGCCGGGCAUAAGAUGUGCAUCAAAUAACCGUUCACUAUUUUCCGCUGCAAUCGGUUCAUACUAUUCUUGUCAAGCUGAACAGAAUAUAGUUUUAAAUCAUUUCACACCGAAUCCUGUAACUGUUAAACUAACUUUGUCUCAGUUGAAAGUUCAAGCAUUCAGACAUGGGCUAGAACCUGAAUUUAAUGGUAUCAGCUUAUUAGCUGUGUACCGUUUGUCGUUUACGAAUAAUGGUCGUUCGGUGGUUAUUCGAUUCACUAUCCUUGUUGUUUAUUACCCUUGUUUUCAAGCAACAAACGGAAGUUGUUUUUAUUGUUAA